ACAAGUUGAGCAUUAAUAGUCACUACAUUCAACAACUGGUUCACCUAUUGAAACAACUGGUUCACGACAAAUUGAGCUUUAUAUUUCAAAAAAAUACCACGCCUAACAACUGGUUCACUUUUUGAAACAAUUCUUUGAAGCUUAACACAUCCAAAUCCAUAAUGGAAGUUGACCUUAAAUCAAAAUUUAAUGCAGAUGUUGGAGUUGAAAGAAAAUUAGGCAAUCAAUGGGAGUUGGUUGAUGCAGCUAAAAGCCGAUGCUACGCAUGCGGGCAGAUAAUCGAGGACCACUUCCUGAUGAAUGUUUUUCCAGGUGUGAAGUUCCACGAGAAGUGCCUGAAGUGUGUCGAGUGUGGCAAGUUGCUCGAUGAGAGGAACGUCUGCUACUGCAUGAAGGCACAAAUAUACUGCGCUCAUGACUUCAACAGGUUGUUUGGUGGAAAAUGCGACAACUGCAACGUGAGGUUUGGGCCUGGUGAGAAGGUCAUGAGGACUCAGAGGUCAACAGCCUACCACCCCCACUGCUUCAGAUGUUUCAAGUGCAACAAGUUGAUUGCGGCUGGUGAACCGUACACACUGCAUGGAACCAUGUUGUUUUGUUCUUUGCAGCACAAGAUGGAGGCCUUCACCACAUAUGAAUCCGCAAACAAUCCGAACGACAACAACAAUAACAACAACUCGUUUAUCGGCACUGAAAAUAAAAUUUACAACACAAACAACAAACUCAGCAGUACGAACAACGUUUACAACGAAUACAACAAUACUUACAAGAUAAACAACAACGAACACGACUUGAGUAACAACACCUUCAGCCUGAACAACAAUACUUUCGACCUGAACUACAACACUUUUGACCUGAACAACAACAACAACGAGAACAAUGAGAACAGCAGCAACGACACUUUUGACCUGAACAGCAACGACAGCAGCAACAACAACAAAGACAUCUUCGACCCGAACAACCACAACAACACUUUCAACCUGAACAACAGCAACAACAACACAUUUAACUUGAACAACUACAACAUCAACACUUUCAAUGCAGUCGAUAUCAAGUGGGACAUGAAAAAAAAAUCACCCCAAAUGGACAAUUAUCAGCAAGAAAAUCAACAAAACCAUCAACAUAGUCAACAGAAAAUCGAAUUGCAACAACCACAAAUUUAUGCCAAAUUGCCUCAACACUACGAAAACAUUCCAAAACACUCUUUAGAUCAGUUUUUAGACCAGCAGCAGCAACCACUAUCAACAUCGCCAACAACAUCAUCAUCAACACUAUCGGUGUCGCCAACGUCACCAACGGAAUCCACCAGAAAGGCUCCUCGCCACCGAACACCCAUGACCGAGUCGCAACUCUCCGUCUUGAAAUCUUUCUACAAGACGAACAGCAGACCCGACGGACUGGACAGGGACAGCCUCUCCCUCAUCACUGGCCUGCAUUCCAGAGUCAUCCGCGUCUGGUUCCAGAACAAAAGAUGCAAAGACAAGAAAGAGGGCAAUGCUGCAGUUUCAGUGCAGACGGAACAAUGAAAUGUUUUUCUAUGAAAAUGUUUUUUCCAAUAACAUACUCGCGAGAAAUAUAUGGAGGAUUAUCGUUGAAAUUAUUUAUCUGCAAAUUUGAUAUUAUAUAUUUAUUUUAUAUUUUUAAAAAAAUUUUUGCAUUAAUUUUAAGAAAUGUUGUUGAAAAUAUGAUAUCUGGAGAUUGCUGAAUCCAUCGAAUGCUGAUGAAACGAAUUUUGAUAACGCACGUGAUUAAUAAUAAAUAAAAAUCAUCAUAUAUUGAAUUGUUUUUUAAAUGAGGUACCCUUGAAAUGUUACGUCAAUAAAUUAUUUUACAAACAAA